AUGGUCAUCACGUCACCUUACCCAUCUUUGGAAUUGCCCAAGACAAACCUGUUGUCGUAUUUGUUCCCUCGGGAUGGGGUGUUAUCGGACGAGCCCCUGUGGAUCGACUGCAAAGAUGAGGGUAUCAGCCUCUCCCCCAGACAAAUGGAACAGUGGGUGAAACGCCUCUCCUUCGGUUUAGAACGACUAGGCCUCCGGCACGGAGAUGUUGUCAUGAUUUGCACUCCAAACCAGAUAUAUGUGCCUGUAGCAUACCUUGGGAUCGUAGGAGUGGGAUGCGUCUUCAGUGGCGCCAACCCGGCUUACACGGUAUCUGGUGGGUCUCCCCUUUACGCGGAAAGGGAACUCGUUCACCAGAUGACCAACACUACCGCCAAGCUCAUCCUAGCACAUCCCAAUCACCUCCAACAGGUGCUUGAGGCAGCAGCCAAAGCCGGAGUCCCAAAAGGUCGGAUCUUUCAAUUUUCUGACGCCGAGAACGAGACUAGGCGUGGCAUUCCCGACUGGAGGCGCAUGAUUGGGACGCCAACGGAGGCGGACUCGUAUCAAUGGCCGGAGCUGAGCCCUGAAGAGUCUACCAAGACUGUGGCCACGAUCAAUUACAGCUCCGGGACAACCGGUCUUCCCAAAGGAGUAUGCGUGUCGCACCACAAUCUCAUCGCCAACGUCGAACAAACAAUAUUCAUGCGAUACGCAGAGAAACCUUACGCCUUCGACGCACGCCCUCGGGAGAGAUGGGUUGGCUUUCUUCCACUAUACCAUGCCUAUGGUCAGCUCUACGUCAUACUUAUGGCCGCCAAACUCCAUGUCCCCGUCUACAUCAUGAAGGAGUUUAGAUAUGAAGACUUCCUGUUCGCAAUCGGCAAGUAUAGAAUCACCAGUCUGCAGGUAGCGCCACCAAUACUGGUUAUGCUCUCGAAGCGGCCUGAGACGGCUCGCUACGACCUCUCGAGCGUGAAUGAGGUGCUUUGCGGAGCAGCCCCAUUGUCCCGAGAGCUUCAGAAUGAGUGCCAACGGAGGUUCAAAAUUCAGAUAAAUCAGGGCUGGGGCAUGACGGAGGUGACGUGCGGCGCUAUCCAUGUGCCUGGCGGCAUAAGAGAUGAUACAGGCAGCGUCGGCAGGCUCGAUCCCAAUUGCGAAUGCAAGUUGGUUGAUGAAGAAGGCAGAGAGGUAGACUUUGGUCUGCCGGGCGAGCUGUGUGUUCGUGGACCGAAUGUGUGCCUGGGCUACUGGCGAAAUGAGGCUGCCACGAAAGAGGCGCUUGACAGCGAGGGUUGGCUGAAGACGGGUGACAUCGCCAUAUGUAAUGAAGAUGGUUAUUUUUGGAUUGUAGACCGCAAAAAGGAGCUCAUCAAAGUCAAUGCUCUGCAGGUCGCUCCUGCAGAAUUGGAGGCUGUUCUUCUCGAAAAUGAGCACAUAGCAGAUGCGGCCGUCGUUGGAAUUGUCAUCGAUGGCAACGAAUGGCCGAAAGCUUACGUGGCGAUACAAGAGGCGUCCAGGGGUAAAGUCAAGCCCGAAGACAUACAGGAGUGGGUCAAGCCCCGGGUUUCCAAGCAUAAAUGGUUAGCGGGCGGCGUUGCAUUUGUGGACGAAGUGCCCAAACUUGCAAGCGGCAAGAUUCAGAGGAAGACUAUGCGUGAAUGGUCCAAGAGGGAUGCUGCGGCACUGGCAGAUACGAAGAGCGCCAAAGCAAGGUUGUAG